AGGGCCGCAAAGCACGCUGGGACUUCCUUUCUUUCCGAGGCCAUAUUGUAACGACAGACUUGUUUGCCAAACGGACUAAAUCGCAGCUAUGGUGGCCGCAAAGAAGACGAAAAAGUCCCUGGAGUCCAUCAACUCCCGUCUCCAGCUGGUGAUGAAGAGCGGUAAAUACGUUCUGGGAUACAAGCAGUCUCAGAAGAUGAUCCGCCAGGGCAAAGCCAAGCUGGUCAUCCUGGCCAACAACACACCUGCCCUCAGGAAGUCUGAAGUGGAGUACUAUGCCAUGUUGGCCAAGACUGGCGUCCAUCACUACAGCGGGAACAACAUCGAGCUGGGCACAGCCUGCGGAAAGUACUUCAGGGUGUGCACACUGGCCAUCAUCGACCCCGGUGAUUCAGACAUCAUCAGGAGUAUGCCGGACCAGCCGCAGGGGGAGAAAUAGACAUUUCAGACUCUUAAUGUUAGAAAUAAACUUGGUUGAAUGGUC